AUGGCCGGAAAAGCUCCACUGGUCGUUCCCGCCCUCAAGCGACAUACUGCUACAGUCAUUGUUGCCCAUGGCUUGGGUGAUAGUGGCGCAGGCUGGCUUUUCCUUGCAGAGAACUGGCGACGUCGAAGCAAAUUCGAGGAAGUUUCUUUCAUUUUCCCAAAUGCGCCAAAUAUCCCGAUAACACUGAACAUGGGCAUGCGGAUGCCGGGCUGGUAUGACAUCAAGUCGUUGUCAGACCUAGCUGCUCGGGAAGAAGACGAAGCCGGUAUCAAUCGAUCCAAGGACUACUUCCACUCCCUCAUCGAUGCCGAGGUAGCGAAGGGCAUUCCCGCGAACCGUGUCGUUAUUGGAGGGUUCUCACAGGGAGGUGCUAUGUCAUUGUUAUCUGGAGUCACAUACAAAGACCAGCUUGGAGGUAUCUUCGGCUUGAGCUGCUAUCUUCUGCUGCAAAGCAAGAUCAAGGGCAUGAUCCCCACGGAAGCACCGAAUCAGAAUACCCCAAUUUUCAUGGGCCACGGCGAUUCCGAUCAGGUCGUUGCGCAUAAAUAUGGUCAGAUGAGCGCGGAUGCACUUAAGGCAUUGGGAUAUAAGAUCGACUUCCGGACAUACGAAAACCUCGUCCACUCUGCGGACCCUGAAGAGAUUGAUCACCUCGAAGCAUACCUGAACCAACAGAUUCCCCCACUUGGGGAUGGGAAGGACGGGAGCUCCUGA